AUGAUUGCAGAGGACCUCCUCGAAGAUUGUCUUCAGCUCCUUCAGGGUAAGGAUCUGGAUGAGGAGGAGCAGGCUGAGAAGGCAGAGGACUUUCUGCGCGAAAAGACCUCCUUGUCGGGCCCGUCCCUGGAAAAUGCUGUCCUCGACAUCCUUUGGCGUCAUCGAAAUCGCUCCCUACCCGACCCCUCUCCUCCACCUCCUCGUCAUACCGUGAUCCGUCGCUCGUCUCCGGCGCCCUGGCAGAUGGCGCGCGCCUCCACGCCCUUGUCGCCUCAUUCAAAUCUGGGCACCAGUCCCGGCAGUACCUCCUGGCUUCCCAGCUCCCGUGGGGGCUUCUCGCGACCCCCACUAUCCUCAACCGUAUCUCCGUUUACCUCGCCGCGUCCGUCUCCAAGACUCGCCUUGGCGCAACCAAUACCUCAUUCACCCAGUCUCAACGCGUAUGAGUUCUCCGAUCAAAGUCAGGUUUCGGACUUCUAUGGCGACUUUGGCAGUGAUAGCAAUGUGGACUGGUUGGUCGCAGAUGAUGCGAAAAGCACAACCUCAUCGCUCGGGGGCUUGAGCGCAGCGGGUGGCUUAAGUGCAACGGCACCGGAAUUCGUACCGGAUAUGAGCCCUCAUGAUAUUCUGCGCACGGUCCUGGGCGAUAAACGGUCAAACGAAGAGAUUGAAGCGGCCCUGGAGGCUAAUAGCUACGAUCUGGGUGCUACUAUUGCAUCUCUUUCCCAAGAUACCGAUGUGGAUGCAGGCUCGCAUCAUGGCGAUGACGGGCGCGUGGUGGUUGGAAAGUCGAUGACCAUGGAGCAAGCAAAAGCGGUUGCUUCUUCGGCUCAACACCGUAGUCCCGUCGUCUGUAAAUACUGGCUGUCUACCGGCCAAUGUCUUCGCGCGGAUUGCCGAUUCAGUCAUGAUUUAACGAAUCAUCUGUGCAAAUAUUGGGUCAUGGGCAAUUGCCUUGCUGGGGAUGGAUGUCCUUUCUCUCAUGAUCCCUCCGCCCUCGUGGCUAAUCUCUCCAUGGGGGACCCCGGUCACACUGGCACUGGUUCGUCAUUCCAAGUAGACAACUCCGAGUCCUUUCCCCCACUGCAGUCGACGCCAGAUCAAUGGACAAACCAAUAUGGGUCCAAAUAUCCCACGCACCUAUCGGCUUUUGCGGGGAACAAAGCCUUUCCCCAGGGUAUGCAAUUUGUGCCUGGGAAACGGAACGGCAGUAUGAAUAGUCUGUCACGUCCCCAUUCGCGGCCAAACAGCAGGCAUCAGAACCGCGAACUGAAUCCAGCAGCAAUAUCCGUGGAUGACCCCGAUGCAUUCCCCACUCUUGCUGCCGUCAGCGCAAAGAAUAAAAAGCAGCAUGGAAAACGACGGGAGAACCAGCAGCAUAAAGAAGCCAUCCCAGCUUCUCUAGCUGAUGUUGUACGCAUGUCUCCUUCUCCAGCUCCGGGGAAGGGGAGAAACAACCCGAAGAACAAUAAAGAUAGCGCCAAAAGUCGCGAACACAGUGCAGCUGCUCAAGCUAUCCCGCCUCCCCAGAACAUUCCCUGGCUCGAGACCGGGCAGCGUGCAAACCAACAAUACAUCAAGUACCGUACGGAGGCCAUCCGUCAUGGCACCGUGAGAAACAAAUUUCUUCAGAGCGCUGCGCAAGCAUGGAAUCGGAAUGAUGCUAGAGCUGCAAAGGCACUAUCUCUCCGGGGCCAGGCAGAGAAUGAAGCCAUGCGCAAAUGUCAUAGAGAGGCAGCGCGCCAACUCUACGAAGAGCGCAAUAAACAUCUUCUCAAUGCUGGAUUAGAGGAUUCAUCAGAAGAACUCUAUGUUGAUCUGCAUGGGUUGCACCCCGAAGAAGCCAUUGAGUACUUGGAGAAGAUCCUCCUGAAGCACGCCCGUGAGGGGCGACGUGUCGUCUAUGCCAUCACCGGUACUGGCCACCAUUCUAAGAAUGGCAAAGACAAGAUAGGCAAGGCAGUGAAAGCAUGGCUGAACGAGUGGAAAUAUUUAUUCCGCGAGUUUAGUGUGCCCGGUGAACGCGGUGGUUACGUUGGCGGCAUAUUGGGAAUCGAUCCCACCAGCUAUGACAAGAGCCUGGCCAAAGCUCUAGAAGACGGCGGAGACAAUGAAGCCGGUAAUCAACCCCUGUUAGCAGCGGGGAAGAUCCAGCUGCUAAAGCGUGAAGACUUGGAGUCAAAGCCCGAAUGA